AUGAGAGGCCGCUGUGAAGUCCUGCGCGGAGGUGGCAAGGCCGCGGUCGGCGCCGGGCGCCCUUGUGAUGUUAAUGUGGGGAGGCUUCGGCCCCGAAGCCCGACUCCUCUGCGGAGCGUCAUCUGUCAAGGGGCGGAGGGGGGGGGUGCGGGGCACCUCCAAGGCUCUUGGGGCGCGGGCCUCAGAGCGCACCGGGUCCUGGUCACCGUGUUCCCCCGCCCGCCCCGGACACUGAAAGGGCAGCACCCGAACAAAGGCCACUCCGAGGCACCCCAAGGCGAGUAUCGCUCCUGGGGUGUUCGGCUGGGGGAAAUAUCCUGUGCCCGGCUCCCCAGGCCUGACGUGUCCUUUUAUUUCCUAAGCGGGCUCCAGUACCAGCCCUGUCUUAUCUCCCUAACUUCUCCUUCCUGCACAGUGAAAACCAGGACGAAAGACAAAUACCGAGUGGUGUACACGGACCACCAGCGGCUGGAGCUGGAGAAGGAGUUUCACUACAGUCGCUACAUCACCAUUCGGAGGAAAGCGGAGCUCGCUGCCACACUGGGGCUCUCUGAGAGACAGGUUAAAAUUUGGUUUCAGAAUCGCAGAGCAAAGGAAAGGAAAAUCAACAAGAAGAAGUUACAGCAACAGCAGCAGCAGCAGCAGCCCCAGCCGCCUCCCCCACAGCCUCCCCAGCCACAGCCAGGACCUCUGAGAAGUGUCCCGGAGCCCUUGAGUCCUGUGUCUUCCCUCCAAGGCUCAGUGCCUGGCCCUGUCCCUGGGGUUCUGGGGCCGGCUGGGGGGGUGUUAAACCCCACUGUCACCCAGUGACCCCAGUGGUCUGCGGUGGCACCAGAGCAAUUCCAGGCUGAGCCAGGAGGAGCAUGGACUCCGCUAGAAUCCUCAGAAGAGACCCCUUCCUUCCCACCUACAAACAUAACCUGCAAGUCUAGCUCUCAGAGGAAAAUUGGGGGCCAAGAGUAAAGACAAAUGGGAUUGGGGAGCCUCAAGGAAGACAUCUUCCCGAUUUUUUACUUUUUGCCCUCUGACAUUUUGUCAGUGAGGAUAUAGGAAAUGAUCACUGAGGCUUCACUUGGUACUGACAGAGGUAUUGCCUGGACUGGCUACGGUGACCAAGCCUUCAGUCCUUUCUGCCCCAGUGCUCUGCCUCCAAAAUCUGUGGGCUGCCUCUCUGAUUGGAGCUGAGGGGAGAGAGGGGACCAGCAACACUUGGAGCCAAGAUGGCUAUUUCCUGCUCAAUGCCUUCCAAGGACCAGCUGGUCCUCCUGCCUCAGGGGCAGGCACAAUUUAAACUGCAGAAGCCAGAGGCAGCUAAGAUAGAAAGCUGGACUGACCAAAGACUGCAGAACCCCCAGGUGGUCUGUGUCUUUCUUCUCCUCCCUUCCCAGACCAGGAAAGGCUUAGCUGGUGCGUGUGAGUGUGUGGUGUAUGUGUGUGGGGGUGGUGGUGGGGAGUGGACUCCAGGCAUAACAGGGGAGGCCCCCGCCCAGGGCCUUGUUUAGAAAGCCUGUCACCAGAGCUUCUCUGGGCUGAAUGUAUGUCAGUGCUAUAAAUGCCAGAGCCAACCUGGACUUCCUGUCAUUUUCACAAUCUUGGGGCUGAUGAAGAAGGGGAGUUUCUUUUUGUUGUUGUUGUUGCUGUUGUUUGGGUUGUUGGUCUGUGUAACAUCCAAGUCAGCCUUUUAAAAGCCUUCUGGAUCCAUGGGGAGAGAAGUGAUAUGGUGAAGGGAAGGGGGCAUCUGAACACAGCUGAAGUUUUCUAAAAAGGAAAAAAAAAAAGAUAAAUGAACUUUUCAGAUUUCA